AAGAUCUCGUACAACGCUGUGUACUACUCCCUUCACAGAACAGCACAUUCACUAAUUAACAAGCUAGUUACUUAUCACAUGUUCUUGUCAAAACUAUCAACAGAGUAGCUAGCAAGCAACAAGCUAUGCCACCUGAGGGAAAAUAAAUCCGAUGUGACCGUUCAGCAUAGCCAGGAAUAAGAUUUGUAUCUGAUUUCAAACCACUUACGAAGGUGGUUUGAAAUAUCUGAUUCCAUGUGCUUGCUCGUGUUCAGACUGCAGGAAAAAGAACAGAUUUGAAUCAGAUUUGCAAAAAAAGAAAGGAUUUGAGUCACUAAAAUUGCCAAUGUGAACAAGGCUUUAGUAUCAAGUAUUAGUCUUGUCUUGUCAUCUUGCCUCAAGUUAGGACAAUUGCUAGAGGUGGACAAUGAGUUCAGAGCUGGUAGCCCUUUCUAUUUUUGCUAACCAAUGACCUCAUCUGGUAAUCUGGGGUACUUACAGCUCCAUUUAGUGCCAGUCCUUCGUAGCUUGUGUCAUCACCAGUGUUGUUUUGUGGUCAUGCAGACAAACAGAAAUCCAUGAAUUCAUGUGAUUAUAUGGGCAUGUAAACAUAUGUAAUGACUAGGGUCAGGAGUUUUUCACUGACCAUGUGAACUGACCAGGAAAAACUCUGGGCCCUCACAUUUCUAGUACUAUUAUCAAUUGCUGUACCUUACUUUUAUCAGGUAAGUUGGUGUACACACAGCAACUUCCAGGAGUGUAAUUCCAAUAUGUCGCCUGCAAUUCCACCUCCUAGUGAGUGAGUGACCUACAACAGUCGACAAUGGGCCUCUGUGAAGGCAUAUCCAUUGGCCCUUUGUAAUUACAGCUUUAGCAGAGGAAAUGAAUGGUGUGUGACCAGUGACAGAAAUGAUGCUAUUGUAAUAAGACAAAGAGUUAUCACCAAGUUAAAAUUGCAUGUGAAUUGUUUCCAGUUGACGGGAGCCCAAUAGGAUGAUCUGAAUAACAGCCACACCUCCCAUCUCAUUAGGCAAGCAAUUAGGGGGGAAGAUUAUGCCACAGUGGGUUCUGGCAAUGUAGUAACCUGGUAGGCACAAAGCUAAUGGGACUCUUCCUUCCUACCAUGGACCAAAGCGUUGACACUGCAUGAAAUAUCACGUGUUGAACUCUAACCUCGAAACAAUUUGGGACAGUUGACAUGCUUAGAAAAUAAAUAUCCCAGUAUGUAUUCCCCAUAAAAAGAGAGAAUAUUUGCGGUAACUUUACCAGAGUGAUGAAUAGAGGUAAAGUAGUGGCUCUCAGGGUAGGUCUUUGUAUAGGGGUAACUCACUCCUUCUGCCACCAAUGUAGCGACCUCUGCUCUUAAUUCCCACAUCAACUCUGAGAGACCAUUUCCUACAUCUGUUUUCAUCUUUGAAUCUAUACUGAACAAAAAUAUAAACACAACAUGCAACAUUUUCAAAGGUUUUGCUGAGUCACAGUUCAUAUAAGGAAAUCAGUCAAUUUAAAUAAAUUAGGCCCUAAUUUAUGGAUUUCACAUGACUGGGCAGGGGUGUAGCCAUGGGUGGGCCUGGCUGCCAAGUGGGUGCGCCUAUGCCCUUCCAGGCCCACCCAUGACUGCGCCUACUGGGGAGCCAGGCCCAGGCAAUCAGAAUUAGUUUAUCCCCACAAAAGGGCUUUAAUACAGAUAGAAAUACUCUUCAGUUUCUUUAGCUGUCCAGGUGGCUGGUCUCAGACGAUCCCGCAGGUGAAGAAGCCAGAUGCGGAGGUCCUUGACUGGCGUGGUUACACGUGGUCUGUGGUUGUAAGACUGGUUGGACGUACUGCCAGAUUCUCUAAAAUGAUAUUAGAGGCGGCUUAUAGGAGAGAUAUGAACAUUACAUUCUCUGACAACAACUCUGGUGGACAUUCCUGCCGUCAGCAUGAGAAUUGCACGCUCCCUCAAAACGUGUGGCAUCUGUGCAUUCGUGAGACAAAACUGCACAUUUUAAAGUGGCCUUUUAUUGUCCCAGCACACGGUGCACCUGUGUAAUGAUCAUGCUGUUUAAUCAUCUUUUUGAUAUGCCACCCUUUUCAGAUGGAUGGAUUAUCUUGGCAAAGGAGAAAUGCUCACAAACAGGGAUGUAAACACAUUUGUGCACAAACUUUGAGAGAAAUAAGCUCUUUGGUGUGUAUGGAAAAUUUCUGGGAUUUUUUAUUUCAGCUCAUGAAACAUGGGACCAACACUUUACAUGUUGCUUUAUAUUUUUGUUCAGUGUAUAAGCCUAUAGCAAGCCGAAUCAUCUUGUCAGCUCACUGUCAUAAUAUUAUGGAUCAGAUGUACUAUCCAUGUACACGUGCAUAAGAAAAGGGAUUGUGGCAUCUGCAUAACAAUAGUGAUUACAUCUAGUGACAGUCGUCUGGCUCCUUAUCACACCAGCAUAACUAUUUUAACGGCCUGUGUGGCUGGCUGGCAGUAAGUGUGGAGGGUGUGCGGGUUGACUGCUGAUCCACUUGAGUACACACAAGGAGUGGCUGACCAAACAUAGACCUAUACUUCAAGUUGGCUUGGUUUCUUUUGACCUCUUCAAAGUGAAGGUAAGCAAGCUUGACUAUGCCAAUAAAAGCUCCAUGGUGAAGAGUGGACAAACUUUGACGCUCUAGGAGGGCAUUUGCAAUUUUAACCGAUGAAAGUUCUCAACAAAGCAAAGCGGUUGUGACUGAGUGCCAUGUUUGAAUGCUCAGAAAGGCUGUCUUCUCCUAUCCUUGUACGAACCAUCCUGAUCUCAUGAGCUCACAUUCUGUGUAGCAAAACGUAAUGUAAGCUCGCAAGAUCAGGAUGGUUUGUACGAUACUAGUUAUUUCCCAGAUGGAAUAGAUUUUCAGUAUCAUUGGAGAAAUUCACAUUUAAACUGUGUUGUUUGGAGACAGCACAAGGUGCACCUGUGUAAUGAUCAUGCUGUUUAAUCAUCUUUUUGAUAUGCCACCCUUUUCAGAUGGAUGGAUUAUCAGGGCAAAGGAGAAAUGCUCACAAACAGGGAUGUAAACACAUUUGUGCACAAACUUUGAGAGAAAUAUGGUCCCUGCUUCUCCAAAAUAACAUAUUUAUUAGAUCACUAAACUUGUGACCUCACAACAAAUUCCUUAGCUUAAAGGUUUCAUUUACAUGCGUGUUGAAGACUCAGAGCCUGGUUCCUCUCUAGGUUCCUACGUUCUACAUUCCUGCCUUUCUAGGGAGUUUUUCUUAGGGAGUGCUUCUACAUCUGCAUUGCUUCCUGUUUGGGGUUUUAGGCUGGGUUUCUGAAUAGCACUUUGUGCCAUCUGCUGAUGUAAAAAGGAUAAAGUUCAUGCAUGCCUCAGAACAAUACAAAAGAACUCCAUACAGGCACUAAAUAAUUUAACUUCUGUGCCACACAGUGGUCAAGUAGCACACUGACAUUUCAUUUGGCCUUGAUUCAAGGAUGGACAAAGUGCUAUCCUCAAACAAGUUAUACUGUAAGCAUAUAGCCAUCAAUAUUCUAUAUGGUCAAUUUCAGUCACAUUUCUAUUACUGGUAGAUAGACACAUUUUGUACUUGGUGGUUAGGGAGAGGAAUUUAAGCAGAGCACCUUUAAUAAAUAAUGGAGCCAUAAAACCAUUACCGUUUUUUCUUCUGGUCUUCGUUCAUCAGUAGAGUUUAAAAAUCGUGUCAUCACAAACUUUCGCACACUGAACACACCCCUUUUGUUUAAUCGCAAACGCUGUUUUGGCAUUAGUGGAAUCAAAGGGCACAGCGCAGUUGGAUCUUCAAUUCAUCCCUGACGGAGUUUUACAAAGAAAAGAGAGAGUGAAAACUCGCUGUUGGAUGGAUUAAUUGGUGAUUCGUCUUUUUAUUUGUCAACGCACCCUCAAUUACUCCAGCCAAGCUCUGACAGGUAGGUCGUUAUAACUUUUCUUGUUGCAACCGUUUUUACCUAAACUAUUAGUUCUCAAUAUAAAUAGUAUGUUCUUUAUAUAGAAUCAACAGUCAACAAGUUAAGAUAGGUAUUUAAUAUAUAUUUUGAGAUAGGUCAACCAGGUGAAAUAGUGUCGCCUAUUUUACUUUCCAUUAAAAUAACAAAAUGCAUCGAUCUCGUUAAUUCAUUGAAUUAUACACUUUCCCCCCACAAAGAUGAUCGCUUCUCAUGAUCACAUGAUUAACAUCCUCUCACUGUAGCCUAACUUUUAAGCAAUUCUGAUGGGGUUUUAAUUAUUAAAGCCCCCAUGCAGUCUUUGUAAUUUUAUUUUUAAAUCAUCACUUUAUGGCUAAUAAAUCAAUGUGUGUGCUUAUUUAAUGAAAAUAACUCUAAUAUAUAUAUAUAUUUUUUUUUUAUCAUUUAUUUCCCUGAGCCUCCUUUUGGCACUUGAAAUGCUCAGUCUGAUCAUGUGGGCAUUAGGAAACAAAUGUGAAGAUAUUUACCUACACAUCCUUGAUUGGCUGAUAUGAUGGUCUGAGCCCACCCCUUACCCAACUGAACAGUCAUUGGUCUAUUACAGUCAUACAGUUUAAGUCAGAAGUUUACAUACACUUAGAUUUUAGUCAUUAAAACUCGUUUUUCAACCACCCCACAAAUGUCUUGUUAACAAACUAUUGUUUUGGCAAGUCGGUUGACACAAGUAAUUUUUCCAACAAUUGUUUACAGAAUAGAUUAUUUCACUUAUAAUUCACUGUAUCACGAUUCCAGUGGGUCAGAAGUUUACAUACACUAAAUUGACUGUGCCUUUAAACAGCUUGGAAAAUUCCAGAAAAUGAUGUCAUGGUUUUAGAAGCUUCUGACAGGGCAAUUUACAUAAUUUGAGUCAAUUGGAGGUGUACCUGAGGAUAUAUUUCAAGGCCAACCUUCAAACUUAGUGGCUCUUUGCUUGACAUAAUGGGAAAAUCAAAAGAAAUCAGUCAAGACCUCAGAAAAAAAAUUGUAGACCCCCACAAGUCUAGUUCAUCCUUGGGAGCAAUUUCCAAACGCCUGAAGGUACCACAUUCAUCUGUACAAACAAUAGUACACAAGUAUAAACACCAUGGGACCACGCAGCCGUCAUACCGCUCAGGAAGGAGACACGUUCUGUCUCCUAGAGAUUAAUGUACUUUGGUGCGAAAAGUGCAAAUCAAUCCCAGAACAACAGCAAAGAACCUUGUGAAGAUGCUGGAGGAAACAGGUACAAAAGUAUCUAUAUCCAAAGUAAAACGAGUCUUAUAUCGACAGAACCUGAAAGGCCGCUCAGCAAGGAAGAAGCCACUGCUCCAACACCGCCAUAAAAAUGCCAGACUGCGGCUUGCAACUGCACAUGGGGACAAAGAUCGUACUUUUGGAGAAAUGUCCUCUGGUCUGAUGAAACAAAAAUAGAACUGUUUGGCCAUAUUGACCAUCGUUUUAUGUGGAGGAAAAAGGGGGAUGCUUGCAAGCCGAAGAACACCAUCCCAACCGUGAAGCACAGGGGUGGCAGCAUCAUGUUGUGGGGGUGCUUUGCUGCAGGAGGGACUGGUGCACUUCACAAAAUAGAUGGCAUCAUGAGGCAGGAAUAUGAUGUAGAUAUAUUGAAGCAACAUCUCAAGACAUCAGUCAGGAAGUUAAAGUUUGGUCGCAAAUGGGUCUUCCAAAUGGACAAUGACCCCAAGCAUACUUCCAAAGUUGUGGCAAAAUGGCUUAAGGACAUCAAAGUCAAGGUAUUGGAGUGGCCAUCACAAAGCCCUGACGUCAAUCCUAUAGAAAAUUUGUGACCAGAACUGAAAAAGUGUGUGUGAGCAAGGAGGCCUACAAACCUGACUCAGUUACACCAGCUUUGUCAGGAGGAAUUCACCCAACUUAUUGUGGGAAGCUUGUUGAAGGCUACCUGAAACGUUUGACCCAAGUUAAACAAUUUAAAGGCAAUGCUACCAAAUACUAAUUGAGUGUAUGUAAACUUCUGACCCACUGGGAAUGUGAUGAAAGAAACAAAAGCUGAAAAAAAUUAUUCUCUCUACUAUUAUUCUGACAUUUCACAUUCUUAAAAUAAAAUGGUGAUCCUAACAGAUCUAAAACAGGGAAUUUUUACUAGGAUUAAAUGUCAGGAAUUGCAAUGGCUGUGGAGGAGAAAGUGGCGAUCUCUGAUCUCUGAAACUCUCUAUACAGUACAUGGCUCUGGUUUAUUAUAGUCAGUUCACAUUGUGACGUCAUGAUGUGGGCCAAAAGUUCCAUCCCACCCGAGCAGGCUGAAAUUACAGGAUUUUUUUCUAACAGCUCUUACACAAAAAGGACAUAAUCAUCAUUUUCAGAAUUUCAGGGUGUCAUUUUCGGCCUCAUGGUGUAGAAAUAUACUUUUUAAAAGGCAGAUGCUACGAAUACAACAUUUUCCCCCCACUGUCAAUUCAACAUCGAUCUAUUCCUUGUUGGUUCAACAUAAUUUCAUUGCAACGAUGUGGAAACAACAGUAAUAUAAUCAUUGUGUGCCCAGUGGGUAAGGAUCCGAAUGUGUUAUUUUACACACACAUUCAAGUUUCUGUUUUUACUCUAUGCUUUACUCACCCUCUUCUGAACCGUCAACCAAUUUGAUGGGCAUUGAUGUAUGAUGUAGCCUAUGUUUCUGCCUCCUAUUUCUGAACAGCUGAAAUAAAAACUUGGUGGCGAUUUGAAUGAACAUUCCCCCAAAAUAUACAGUACCAGUCAAAUGUUUGGACACACCUACUCAUUCAAGGGUUUUUCUGAAUUUUUCUAUUUUCUACAUUGUAUUAUAAUAGUGAAGACAUCAAAACUAUGAAAUAACACAUUUGGAAUCAUGUAGUAACCAAAAAAAGUGUUAAUCAAAUACAAAUAUAUUUUAUAUUUGAGAUUCUGACCAGGUGAAUCCAGGUAAAAGCUGUGAUCCCUUAUUGAUGUCACCUGUUAAAUCCACUUAAAUCAGUGUAGAUGAAGGGGAGGAGUCAGGUUAAAUAAUGAUUUUUAAGCCUUGAGAUAUGGAUUGUGUAUGUGUGCCAUUCAGAAGGUGAAAGGGCCAGACAAAAGAUUUACAGGAUAUGGUAGUAGGUGCCAGGCAUUUGUGUCAAAAACCGUAACGCUGCUGGGUUUUUCACACUCAACAGUUUCCUCUGUGUAUCAAGAAUGGUCCACCACCCAAAGGACAUCCAGCCAACUUGACACAACUGUGGGAAGCAUUGGAGUCAACAUGGGCCAGCAUCUCUGUGGAGCGCUUUCGACACCUUGUAGAGUCCAUGACGAAUUGAGGCUGAGGGCAAAAGGGGGGGUGCAACUCAGUAUUAGGAAGGUGUUCCUGUUUGGUGUACUCAGUUUAUAGUUUGCCUAAAUAGCUGCAUGCAAGCUAACUCCCCUCCUGAACAAAAUAACAUGAAAUCGCUAGACUGCCUGUUGUGUCGCGCUUAUGUUUGCUUUCAUUACUGUUACGACAGACUAAGAACUACGUUUGUUCGAACAGCGGCAGCGGAGUCACAGAGUGAGCGAGCACUGAGCAGCAGCUGAAAGGACUCGGAGGGGGAAGUGCGCAGCGGAGGGGGAAGCAUGCAGAUGAUCGUGAGCAUGAAAAAAUCCAGAACCACAUCCACUCUGAUAAUUUUGGGGGUGAAAAUCACGAUUUAACUGCACUGCCCCUUUAAAUCAAAGACGCCUACAAAACAGAACAUUAUUAUUAUAUUAUUAUAUUAUUAUUAUUAUAUAUUAUUAUUAUGCAAAACGGAACAUAUUACCUGGGUCGCUCCACGAAAUUAGUCAAUUUUGGGCAGUGUAACUUAGUAAAAAACGUUUGAUUUCAACAAAUUUUAGCAUUAUGUGAUGAAGAGCACAUGUUCAGCUUAAUAAAAUACAUGUUUUCCUAUUAGGUAAGUACUUAUUAGGUGCCAAUUAAAGUAACAGGGUUGAUGAUUUCAUCUUAAAUCAGCCAUAAAUCCCCUUGUGACAGGGGGAAUGGAAGCUUGUUGUGUAUAACAGGGAGGGACAAUUGAAUCACUAAUCACAUGAAAUAAUGAAUAAUUGAAUCCCUAAUCACAUUAAAUAAAUAAUAAUUGAAUCACUAAAUCACAUGUAAUAAAUAAUAAUCUUCAGAAAUUACUUUGCAAAAGCAACAAAAUAACGAGGGCUUUACAAUGAUGGUGACAACUUGGAGACAUAGAGUGCACAGAGGGACAUGUCAAAAGGCUGAAUCUUGGCACUUAAGCAAGUCUUUAUAUUAAAAAUCAGAUUUAUUGAAUCUUCAUUUAAUAUAACAGGCUUUUACAAUUCAUUACUGGUGUACAAUUUAUACUUAUAAUAUCAAAAGGGACUCAUUUCGUGGAAUGACUGAAGUCUAUUGCUGGUACAACACAUAUUACCUGCUAUGUCAACAUUAUCGUAAAGAUGACACAAAAAUGUUAUCUGAUUAAGAAACAUUCAGAGCAUAGUCACACUGUCAGACUGACAUCCACGAUUUACAAAUUCAACUCAAAUCAAUUAUAUAUCAUUAAGCCACUUAUCCCUCUUCACGCCUUCAUCCAGCAUGGACCUCCUGCCAGAUCUGUGGAGGCAUGAGUACUGGCUGCCUCCAGGGAUCACCUGGAGAGACAUGGAGCAGAUGCAGGAGUGUCCGCGACCCCGUGACCUGCUGUUCGCCUUGCCUCUGGCUCUAGGGUUCAUUGUCCUCCGUCUAGUAUUUGACAGGGUUGUGGCUCCCCCUUUGGGCAGAUGUGUGGGGUUGAGGAACAGACUACGCAUGGCUGUCGCUCCCUCCACGAAGCUUGAGUCAUUCUACACCCAACAAAACCGACAACCAUCUCAGAGUAAUAUCAUCAGUCUAAUGGCACAGUGUGACAAAACCCAGAGACAAAUUGAGACCUGGUUCCGUCACCGCAGAAACCAAGACAGGCCCAGCUACACCAAGAGGUUCUGCGAGGCUAGUUGGAGGUUUUUCUUCUACCUCAUAGCGUUCCUAGCUGGACUCGCAACUUUGAUCAAUAAAUCCUGGUUUUGGGACCAGAGAGAAUGCUGGACAGGAUAUCCACAACAACCAAUUGAGAGAGCCCACUUCUGGUACUACCAGCUGGAGCUGGGCUUCUACCUCUCCCUGCUUCUCUGUGUCUCUGUGGACGUCAAGAGGAAAGAUUUCAAGGAGCAGGUGAUUCACCACAUUGCCACAAUCUUCCUGCUUGGUUUCUCCUACUGUUCCAACUAUGUACGGAUAGGUACUUUGGUGAUGCUGCUUCACGACUCCUCUGACUUCCUCCUAGAGUCUGCCAAGAUGUUCAACUAUGGCACGGGCUGGAGGAAGACGUGCGACACGUUGUUUGUCAUUUUUGCUGCUGUCUUCCUGGUGACUCGCCUGGUGGUGUUUCCCAGCAAAAUAAUCCACACAACCCUUGUGUUGUCCAUGGAAGUCUUUGAACCCUUUGCUGGCUACUACUUUUUCAACAUUCUUCUGAUGGUGCUACAAGCACUUCAUGUCUUCUGGGCCGUGUUAAUCCUACGGAUGGCCAACAAGUUUCUAUUCUUGGGCAAGCUGGAUAAAGAUGAACGCAGUGAUGAAGAGAGUGAGGAGGAGGAGGAUGACAAGGGAGAAGGGGAGGAGAAAGACGAAGAGGGGGAGUGUUGUUGGGAGAGAAGGAAAGAUGCCCUGAACUCCAAACUGAAAAUGCUGAGCAAAAGCUUUGUCUUAAACAAUCUGACCAAUCACAGAGCUGCUAUUGUGAGCAAGAUGCGCAAAGCGAGGUAGAAUUAUGAACCUAGACAGAGUGAUUGUUUUCUGUCAACAAUUAAGUUACAUUAUAGACCAGUUCGGAUGGAGUACUUUUUCUCCAUCUGGCCACUAUUCCUCUCCGCAUAGUCUACUUGAUAGCAAUUGGUCUGCCUAUUUCAGUCUUUUCAAGACUGGAAAACUCUGUAUGAAAGAGACUUGCUUUCACAUUUUGGCUACAGAUUAUUUGUUGAAUUAAGAGAUUCAUGCUUCAGUAUACUGAAUGUUUGUUCCAAAAAGGUUUGAUAUCUCUGUAGGAAUUGUUUUGAGUGCAGUUUUUGUAAAUGUAAUUGUUUUGUAAUUCAACAUGUCGUUUUUCAACUAUAUAAUUGUAUUUCAUGGUCAAGAUUUAUAAUAGUGGGCUUAUUGUGAUGCUCCAGAGCUUUUGUAUAAUUUCAGCCAGUAAUUUAGAAAGUAUUGCUCAAGAGCCAAAACCGGUCCCCUAAAAAUUGUGCACAAUGGUGUACUACGUCAUCCAAUUCGUACAAUAUGUUAUGAAUUUGUAAGUGAUACAUCUCUUCUCUUAACACGUAUGGACCCAGAAUCCAGCAUCUGACCAAUUACACAAGACUUUAGUUCUGGGUUUACCGAGGUUAGAGUAGGCUACACUGUUGUAAAUGAUAGGGCUAUUCAACAGCUGUAAUGCAAUUGCAGAAAAACAGAUUUGACUCGUUUUGCAUGGAUCAAAUGUUGUAUCACCGAGUGUGAUUGGUGUACUUUUCGUUUGACCAAUGUAUGACUUUUUUUACCAAGACAUUGGUAAAAAGUAUGAUUUUGGAACAAUACAUGAUUUAAUUCACUGUAGUCCUGCUAUGCUAACGCUUUGCGUUUUCAAUAUUUAAUGAUCUUUUGCAUUGAAUUUACUCAAUUUACCUUUGGGCAGAGGGGUGCAGGUCAUUGUGUCAUAGCAAAUGCUUGGCCUAAUAGCGUCCUCUAAAUGGUGAAUAAACCUUCAUCAUUUUGGAAUGUAUAGGCCUACCUUCAGUAACUUUUGUUGUUUGGUUGAAACUUUUAAUCAUGUGAAAUGCAGUGUAUCAAUUGUUGCAUGACACAGAACUAGGGAUAAGUGUGUGUUGUUGGUAUGGUCCCACAGACGAGGCCUACCUGUUUUUAAAACCUCUACAGGACCGUUGAGCUAACGUCGGCUAAUGUGAUUAGCAUGAGGUUGUAAGUAACAAGAACAUUUCCCAGGACAUAGACAUAUCUGAUAUUGGCAGAAAGCUUCAAUUCUUGUUAAUCUAACUGCACUGUCCAAUUUACAGUAGCUAUUACAGUGAAAGAAUACCAUGCUAUUGUUUGAGGAGAGUGCACAAUUAUGAACUUGAAAAUGUAUUAAUAAACCAUUUAGGCA